CCUCGCCAGCGCUUUACUCGCAUGGAGGCAGAUCUGGAGAUUGAUCCUCUGCUUCAUAACGCGAUAAACAGUUUUAUAACUCUAGUUACAGAAUGAACAGUUAGAAAUAUGAUAUUUAAUGGCCAUAGGACUGCUUAACAACCCUUUAUCUAUAUUGCAUCAACUUCUGGAUCCCACCCAAUUUCCCCGUAUGAUGUUAUUCGCCAUCUCGUUAUUUUUCCCAAAUCUCAUCAUCUGGCGUCCAUACAAAUUUUGCAAGAGUUUCGAUUAUUCCGUACUUGGCUCGUCUAUUACUCGUCUACUACUCGUGACCAUCUCACUCUACGCCCACAACAGUCUCGUGACCUUACACUCUUGUCAUUCGUCCGAACAGCUCAACCUUGCAGUAGGUAGGUUGCCGUUGACCGGUCGUUGAAGUAUAAAGGUAUGAGUCCCACAGCAAACGCUUUACCUGACACCCCACCUUGCAAUUCAAAAUCACCCUGCUGCCUCCCAAGACAAAUUAAACCGUCCAUCAC